GCUCGAAUCGAAUACAGUUCCAUUUCGGUCGUCAGACGGUCCGUCCGUGCGUGUGCUUGCGGUGCGAGUACCAGGAGCAGCAGAGUGUAUUGAAAAAAAAGUACAGAAGCAGGAAAAUAAUGAAGAAGUGAACCGUUUCUGUGCAUCGAGCGAGUGUCGUUGGCUGUUGUACCAAUUACUGGGCUUGUGACCAUUUCCGGAAGUGCGCGAGUUGUUUGCUAACUAGUCGGCUGGAACCGUCGCAUACCAGGAGACAGUUUUCCGAGUGUGGCAUUUUCCUGUAAUGUAAUGAACGUCUGAGUUUUUUUUCUUCGUUUUUGGCUGGUGGGUUACACGAAAAUUCAAUUCCUUUUCGCGAGAGAGAGCUGACACCCAUCAUCAUUUUCAUCAUCGUCGUCGUCGUUUGUGGAUUCGUCAUCCGUUUGAGUAAAAGAGAAGCAGUUCGAAAAGGCUUGACAGCUUCCUUGGGUCUAUUAAAGCGAGAAGAGGAUAGCAGAUUUACAGUAGUGUUGGUGUUGAUGAGCAGUGGGAAAAGAAAAGUGAAAAAUUAACCAAUAAAAAAAUCUGGAGAAAGUGUUGCCUUGUCGAGUCUGUUGUCUGUGUGUUUAGGGGAAAAUCAUUAAAUUGUUGAUUUGCAAGUUUUGUGCAAAAAUAAGGGUGAAUCGUUUUGAGGAUUGAUUGUAUCGAUCGGAUAUCACCUCAGGAAUAGCUGCUGACCCUCACUAUUGGAUUAAUUCAGCGCUGAGUUGGCGAGGAAGCUCCUAGCAACACAGGAUUUGCUAGCCGUUCCGGAUUUCUCCACUUGCUGGGAUUUUUGUUGUCUCUUGAAAGUGCAGCCCCUUUUAGAGGGGUACACUACACAGCCGAUUCAACAUGGGAAAGUUAUUAUCAAAAAUAUUUGGCAAUAAGGAGAUGAGAAUAUUGAUGCUAGGACUAGAUGCCGCUGGAAAAACCACAAUAUUGUACAAUUUAAAGCUAAACCAAACGGUCACGACGAUCCCAACCGUGGGCUUCAACGUCGAAACAGUCACCUAUAGGAAUGUCAAAUUCAACGUGUGGGACGUGGGCGGUCAGGACAAAAUAAGACCGCUCUGGAGGCACUAUUACACAGGCACACAAGGACUCAUAUUUGUGGUGGACUGUGCCGACCGGGAUCGGAUAGACGAGGCGCGGCAAGAACUGCACAGGAUAAUUAACGACCGGGAGAUGCGGGAUGCCAUCAUACUGAUAUACGCGAAUAAGCAGGAUCUGCCUGACGCGAUGAAACCCCACGAGAUCCAGGAGAAGCUCGGACUAACGCGGAUACGCGACCGAAAUUGGUACGUGCAACCCUCGUGUGCGAUGUCCGGCGUCGGUCUUCAGGAAGGUCUAACGUGGCUCACCUCCAACCACAAGUUAUGAGAGUAAUCAGCUCUUUGCGUACGCUUAUAGUAGAGUUCGACUACGACGAAUGUAAAGCGGAAAGGAGGAGCAAAGGUUCCCUUUAGACUACUACCUACUACUACUGCAACCUAUGUUUAAUAUUACACAAGAAAAACACAUUGAUAACCACCACCAACAACAAAAACAACAACCAUUAAAGGAAGAACAGCUGCUGAGUAAUAGCUUUCGGGGGGUUGUUUUAAGCGAACAGGAUUGUUGAGGUCCUGAUUGUGAGCUGCUAGCAAGUGUGAUCGAGUUCUAGCUGUAUCUAUGUGAAUGUCAUCAUUUGAUGCUGCGUGCGUGUGAUGUUGUUGUGCGUUCGCCAAUUCUAUUUGUGUAAUUAUUACUACCACCAUAACAGAUAGGAGAGGCACAUUCGUUUGAUACGGUCCUCUGUCGUCUUCUGGUCUGGUCGUCCCUCAAUGUUUCCUCGAUUGUGAGAAGACGGGGAACAACAAAACAAAAAUACAAAGCCCUUAACAACAAAACCCUAACAACUGUAUUUAUCUAACUAUUGCAUUCUAAAACCGAUACAGAAAGUUAAACUAGUACACACUCACUAAGAACAAGAAGCUAGUAACGGAGAUAUUCAUGCCAUUUAGAGAAGAUACGUUAAAACCCUCCAUUUACGCUGGUAAAAGGGAUUUGUUUUUAUCCUGUCGCUUUUGAUUCGGCACCAAGUAAGAAAGUGGAAUCGAAAUCAUACUGAAAAUAUGCCUCACGUUCAACCAACACAAAAGUUGACGAUUGAUUAGAGAAAAAUAAAGGAAAAGUAGCAACGUUACAUAACUUUAGAACACGUUUUAAGGAUUCAAAUUCGUGGCAAAAAUGCUGCUUCUGUAAAACCUCUUUAAUCCGUUCUCUAAUCUAGCUGUUGUUUUUACAGUUCCCAAAACCAUUAUAUUCCUAUUUCGUUUGUUUUUGAUCGAGAUUGACCGAAUAGAUAAACGAAAGAGCUCAUCGUAUUGAUACCUUGAUUAAGAUAAAAAUUGUUUUCGAUAAUCAUUUCCAUUUUUAAACAAUUUUGUUAUUAGAAUUUUGUUCAGUGUUUUUCUUCGAAUGUGUCGAUUUAGUGGAUACACAAACCUGACGUAGUAAUGGUUGCUAUCGCUUGACGUGCAGAUGUCACUUCUGUGCUUAUCAUUUUCGAAUGAAGCUGGGGUUGUUGAGAGAAAUUUAAGAAUUUAGGGUUUUUUUAAAUCUAUUUAAGCUUUUUUGACAUUUUAUGUUGUAAUUUUUUGUAUUGUUGCCUUGCAGUAAUAAUCAAUUUAGAAACGUAUUGAAGUCUAAAUAUUUGAUUAUAAUUACGAUUUUUUUUUUCAAAGAUUUGGAUUCAGGUAUCAAUAAGUUGAGUUAGAAAUGUUCCAUGCAAUAAAGGAGGUUUCGUGUUUUUCAACAAACCAAAUGGUCCGUCUGGGAACUAUAGAAAUUACAAUGUUUAGACAUCGCAAACGAAAGAGUUUAUUAAUGUAUAUAGGGUCAGGCUUCAACUUUGCGAUAAAAAUAUUUCAAUCAAAACUCAAAGAUAAAAAUCCGUUUUUGGCCGAAGCACAUCCAAUUAUUGCUUCAAGCUGAAAGCAUGCUUCUGUUUUGAGUGUAAAAGUAUGAAGAAUAAAUUGGAUAAUAUCAACUAAAAAGCGAUAUUGUAAAUAUUAUAUCAAUUAUUGUCGAAUGACGCCAACCAAGAUGGAAAAAUUAUUAAAUAAUAUUAAACGAAACAAAGAACAACAAGCAAAAACACAAGCCGUAACAUAAAUAGGGAAAAUUAUCACGCAGAAUUCCGUACACAAAAAGGGUAUACACGACACAAAACAUCAGUUUAUAAAUAAACAAAACUCCUUUGUUUAGGUAUAUUCAACAGACAAACCUAAAACCUUCAAAGCUCCACAUAGACAAACAGGAAAUAAUUCAUGUUAGACUCUAACAAGCAAAUGAACAAGCAAACAAAAACUAAUACGCAAAUAAACUCCAUCGUUACUGAGUAGAUUAAAGUACAUAGAAAAGACGCCACAAUUGAGAUAGCAAAAUUCAAACGAAUCAAUUGUUGUAUAAAAUUAAUAAACAAGAAACACAAAACAGACAGCACUGUUGUUGUAAGUAUAAUUGCAAAUUUAAUAUUAUGUAACUUUCAAAGAAACAGAUAGAUAACAAUUGUGCGCCUGGCUGUGUGUGAAUUGUGUGAUAGCUCGAGAAAUAAGUGUGAAUGCGACGAAUAGCGGGUAUAUUGGGUGAAUUUGCUAAACUUAGUAUGGAUAAUGAUGCGUUAUAUUUUUUAGUAGCUUUGAUGAAAACUGUCAGAAAUAAUCUGUAAAGUGAGAAAAACACACAACAAAAACCAACCUAACAUAGGUUGAAGAAAGUGGAUAGGUACACGAUGCACGCGUCUUAUUUAUAUGCAAAAAUGUAGUCGAUAGUCGAUCGCGCCUCAUAUGAGAGAGUAAAAAGCGAUUGGAGGAUUGGAGCUUUUCCUUAUGUUUGUUAAUUAGUUGUCCUUUCUUCGAUGAAUUUGCGUUCUUGUCAUUGUAUCUAGUGAUCACUAUUUUUUUUUACUGAGCGAAAUUGUGAAAAUAUGUGUAUACAUUUAAGAACGAGCAGCAGCGUUUUGUUUUUAUUAGCCUGUGGCGCAAAAGCAAACAUUCACAAGUGUCACACUUUGAGUAACAAGAAAAAAGAUGUUAAUAAUUAUUUCCCUUUGAAAGCACUGUCUUUUGAGAUGAUCAGAGGAAGAAAACUAACCGGGCGAAUAUCGAAAAAAGAUAUGACAUUGAGUUUUUUUCAUAAAUGAAAACAAACAAGCUUGUACGAAUGCAUGCAUGUAUGCGGGAAAACGAUAAAUUACACUACUAACAAACGAAUUGCGUAAAAAAGGAAAAAGGCGGGUUUUUGUAGUGAUUGCGAUCGUUUGAUGAUGAUAUCGAUUGCAUCUGGGGAACGAAAUAUAAAAAAAAGGAAACAACAAAAGAGCAAAACAAAAAUAGUUCAUUGAUAAAUUAUAAUAACGCAAGAAGCAGAGCAAAGAUACACAGACACUCACUCAAAACAGACAAACAAAGAUGAGAAACAUACAAAAAGAAAUUCAAGAGACAUAAACAACACCCAACAUUGAGAAAAAUGAAAUAAUGAAAAACUAUUAUUAGAAAUGUAUUUUAGCAUUUAUAGCGAGCAGGAAAAAUAAAUGAAAAUCAGAUUAAAUAAAUCUAGAAAUCUACAUCAUCUCA